AUUUUGGGUAACAGGCAGCUUUUCGGCUGCGACAAGGACGAGGACUCCGUUUGUUAUUAUCGCUGUAGAAUUGUUGUUGUUGUUGUUGGUGGUUUUUUUUGCAAAAAUAAAUAAAAAUACAAAGCACAGCGUUAAGAAUUAUACCAUAUAUAUUUGUACCAGCAUAAAAGGUUCUAAACCAUGCCUGAGAAAAUUCGGAUCAAUAGCCCGAACGUGCGCUACACGGAGCAGUACAUCGAGUCCCAAUACUCCUAUCACACCUCAACGGUGUCCGCUGAUGGAGAUACAUAUACGGUGACACCCAAUACAACUGAGUUCACGUUCUGCACCGUGAGAACUGUGCCCAAGUUGGGCGUGAUGCUCGUGGGUUGGGGUGGCAACAAUGGCAGCACUGUCACAGCUGCAGCACUGGCCAAUAAACUCGGCCUUACCUGGAGAACCAAGACUGGCAUCAAGAGCGCUAAUUACUAUGGCUCUUUGCUGGAGGCUUCUACAGUGUCUCUGGGCUCAGGACCAAAGGGAGAGGUCUUUGUCCCCUUCAGAGAUCUGCUGCCAAUGGUGCACCCUAAUGACAUUGUAUUUGAUGGCUGGGACAUUUCCUCCAUGGACCUUGGCAGUGCUAUGGAGCGUGCUCAGGUUCUGGACUGGAGCCUGCAGGAAAAGCUUCGGCCACAUAUGAGCCCACUAAGACCGAGGCCCUCCAUCUAUAUCCCAGAGUUCAUUGCUGCCAACCAGAAGCAGAGGGCUGACAAUGUACUCAUAGGCAGCAAGGCAGAGCAGGUAGAGCAGAUUCGUCGAGACAUCCGUGACUUCAAGGAGAAAAGUGGCGUGGAGAAGGUCAUCGUGCUUUGGACAGCAAACACAGAGAGAUUCUGUGAUGUUGUUUUAGGUGGCAACGACACUGCUGAGAACCUCCUCGCCACUAUCCAGGCUGGGGGAGAGGUAUCGCCAUCCACAUUGUUCGCAGUUGCAAGCAUCAUGGAGGGUUGUGCCUACAUCAACGGCUCCCCUCAGAACACUUUUGUGCCUGGUGCCGUGGAGUUGGCCAUUCAGCGGGGUGUCUUCAUAGGGGGAGACGACUUUAAGUCAGGCCAGACAAAACUGAAGUCUGUCCUGGUGGAUUUCCUAGUCAGUGCAGGCAUUAAGCCGACCUCCAUUGUGAGCUAUAAUCACCUGGGAAACAAUGACGGCAUGAAUCUGUCGGCACCACGGCAGUUCCGCUCUAAGGAGAUCUCCAAGAGCAACGUGGUGGAUGACAUGGUGCUGUCCAACCCGGUGCUAUAUGGGCCUGGGGAGAAACCUGACCACUGUGUGGUGAUUAAAUAUGUUCCCUACGUGGGUGACAGCAAGCGUGCUAUGGAUGAGUACACUUCAGAGAUUAUGAUGGGUGGUACAAACACCAUUGCUCUGCACAACACCUGUGAGGACUCCCUGCUGGCUAGCCCAAUCAUCCUGGACCUGGUCAUCCUCACUGAGCUGUGUCAGAGGAUCACAUUCUGCACACGCGACUCAGAGUUUCAGUCCUUCCACAGCGUCCUGUCCUUGCUCAGCUAUCUGUGCAAGGCACCACUCAUGCCGGAGGGGGCACCGGUUGUCAAUGCCUUCUUCCGCCAGCGGGCCUGCAUCGAAAACAUCAUGAGGGCAUGCCUUGGCCUUCCACCUCAGAACCACAUGCAGCUGGAGCACAAGAUGAAGAGAAGCCUCAUGCACAGCCAUGGCAACCAAGUCCAAAAUGGUGUGCUCACAAAAGGAUAUGCUGGCCUUACCCAUGGUUACCACUGCGCUCAGUGUAACGGUGUUGAUGAGCACGAAAACAUUAAGAAGAUUAAGUCCUUUGCAUAAUUUGGGGGGAGGGCUGAUCAGAUUAACAUGCACUAGAUUGUCAUAAGCCUCAGAUACACUGCUGCAAAACUGGGCCUUGAUUGGUUGUUUUUCACAAUAUUCCCACUGGAGAUGUGCAUAUAAUUUACUACUUUUGUAAGGAUGUUUCAUACAAAUUACUUCUUUCUGUGUAAAUGGCGAUAUGAGAUGUAAUUAAAAUUAUUAGGUCUAUCUAUA